AUGAAGGACACCCACGACUCACAUAUAAGGUUCCUGUUUCGCCAGCACAUCCGCGAGUCAUCGUCAGAACCCAAACUGGGCUCGAACGUUCGGGAGAGUUUGACCGCCAGUGGUCUUCCAUUCAAGUAUAGUUCAGGACCCGAGGAGUGGAACCCUCGAACUUCUAAGAUACUCGAAAAGAACGAAAAAGCUUUCCCGUUGCGAAUCGCGCAUAUGAUUGCGUUACAAAACCAAGCUAUCUUGCCUCCCGCCAAAGUGGAUAUCUCAUUGCUGUUGAAGCCCCAAGAUGAGGAGGCCGCCGCACCGGUGACCACUACGUCCACCUUUCCACCAAAUCCAAUCCCUCCGGCUCCAAUGGCUCCGGCAAUUCCUGUUAUUGCCUCAGCAUCGGGCCCUUCUAUACCUCUCACCAAAGGCCCCUCAUCGCUUCCGGCUAAGCGUCUUCAACCGGCUCAUACAGCAGAAUCACCGGCGAAAAAACAGUCAAAGUGGUCUCCCGAAGAAGAUGCUUUGAUCAUUGAAUUACGUGGUAGUGGCAUGAAAUGGGAGGAUAUUAGCAAACGACUUCCUGGACGAAGUGCUAUUAGUUGCCGCCUCCACUAUCAGAACUAUUUAGAGCGCCGAAGUGAGUGGGACGAAGACAAGAAGAAUAAACUCGCAAGAUUGUAUGAAAGAUUCAAAGCAGAGAUGUGGUCUAAGGUAGCGGAAGAGAUGGCAAUCCCAUGGCGAGCUGCAGAAGCCAUGCAUUGGCAGCUAGGAGAGCAAGAAAUGGCGCGUCGAGCCGGCGUAGUGCCCUUUUCGUUAUCGAGUUCAGCCAUAGACCCACCAACACCUAGGACAAGAAGAACCAGCACGUCUUUAUCUCGACCAAGAAAAGGAUCGGCAUCACGCUCAAUUCCCCCACCACAGCUACCCUCCGUUGAAGAGCUUACUGCAGGAGUUCCAGCAUUUGCUCCGCCUCCACCUUUUCCUCCUCCAAGGGAGGUCUAUCGAAUAGGCCGUCCAAUGGAUUUAAGCGGCACUCACAGUGGUCAUAUGGGCCCCAAUCUUGGCAUUCCCCCUCGUACCCUUCCAUAG